AUGCCUCUAUUCCAGCCUCCAGUCACACCCCUCCCCGAUGACAUCAAUCUGCACGGCCAGACAGCGAUAGUAACAGGCGCAACAUCAGGCAUCGGCCUCGCACUUGCUCGCCAACUGCUUUCCCUCGGCGCGUCCCCCGUCAUCCUCGCCGUCCGCGACGUGCCCAAGGGCGAAGCAGUACGACAAACACUCCUCUCCGACCCAACCGUUCUCUCUCUCCAUCAAACCCCCGCCGUGGAGGUGAUGAAGCUGGACGCAGAAGACUACGCCGGCGUCAAGGCCUUUACAGAGGCAUUCAAGGCAAAACAUCGUCGUCUUCACAUCGCGAUGCUCAAUGCCGGCGUGCCGGGCUUACAACGCCGCGUGGCGCCUACGGGCCGCGAGGCGACCGUGCAGGUGAAUUAUCUCUCGAACGUGCUGCUUACGCUGGAGCUACUCCCCGUGUUGGAGGCCACGGCGCGCGAAACGGGGAGGCCCGGGAGGCUUGCGUGGACGGGGAGCCGGAUGAUUGGGAAGACGGGCCUGGCGGGGAAGGCGACGGUUCGAAAGGGGGAGUCUGUUCUCGGGCACCUUGACGAUGAGGCGAAUUUCGUUGGUAUGGCGCGGUAUGCGGAUAGCAAGCUGCUCGGGUUCCUGUUUCUGCGGGAGCUGGCGAGGCAUUAUGGUGCUGGUGCUGGUGCUGGUGCUGUGACCGGUACUGAAGAAGGGGAACAGCAACAGCAGCAGCAGCGGGUCAUUGUUAACGCCUUUUGCCCCGGGAUGGUGGACACGAAUAUGAGCAAUGUCCUCCCGCAGCCUUUCCGCCUUAUUGCUGACGCCGUGAAGGCUGUGAGGGCGAGGAGGCCGGAGGUGGCUGGGUGGAUUGGGCUUCAUGCUGUUGCUGUCGCGGGCGGGGAGACGCAUGGGAAGACGUUGGGGGAUAAGGAGAUUUGGGAGUAA